GAUCAGCUGAUCUCUAUGAUUGUUGACGGUAUCGAGUAUAACUUAUAAUUGAAGGAAUUUAAACAAAAAUUUCUCGACUGCUAUUUUUUUAAGGGGAGAAUGAAUUAUUUAAUAAUUUUUCAAAUGAAUAUUAAAGGUGAAACAUAUAACAAUUUACUUUAAGGCAGCAGUAUAUCGUGUCGACAUAAAAUAAUAUAAUUGUUAGUAAUAUAUACAGAUAUGUAGCAAUCCAUCAUCGAACUAAAAAUAACUUGAAUAGAGAUAACAGGAGACGUAAAAUGGCUACUUUAUUGACAACAUCGUCGAACACAAAAAGAUUCUCGCAGAUUAGAAAUAUGCGGCAAGGCAGCGUGAUAGAUAUAGACGCCGAUAUGUUUCUCAAGAUAUCAAACUAUGAGGAUACUGUCAGACAACUGGACAUAUAUUACGGAAUCGUUAAACGGCAACUGUUGCGUUAUCAGAGUUGCAUAACAGGCUUAUUUCCACAAAUCUCGACUGAUCGGGAGGUCGGCAGCGUGCGCGAAAGUAUAUACUGUGCUGCUGCGAUAUGGAGUCUGUAUCAAGCGUACAGACGUAUCGACGACGAUCGCGGAAAGUCGUACGAAUUGGGGCAAUCCGCGAUAAAAUGUAUGCGGGGUAUCUUGGAAUGUUGGAUAAAGCAAUCCUCCAGAGUAGAGCUCUUUAAGAAAAAUCAAUGUGAUCGUUAUGCGUUGCAUUGUAAAUUUCACUUGAACACUGGCGAUGAAAUUUAUAAAGAUGCCAACUAUCAUCAUUUACAAAUUGACAUUGUAUCCCUCUAUUUGAUAUUUUUGGUACAAAUGAUUUCGUCUGGGCUACAAAUUAUAUACACGCAAGACGAAGUGGCGUUUGUGCAAAACCUAGUAUACUAUGUUGAGAGAGCGUAUCGUACACCGGAUUACGGCAUGUGGGAACGUGGAAGUCGUUACAAUGAUGGAACUCCAGAAAUUCACGCCAGUUCUAUCGGGAUCGCCAAGAGCGCACUGGAGGCGAUCAACGGCUGCAACUUAUUCGGAGAGAAGGGCGCGUCCUGGUCCGUGAUAUACGUCGAUAUUGAUGCUCACAAUCGUAAUCGUAGUAUUUUCGAGACAAUGCUUCCGAGAGAAUCUAGUUCAAAGAGUGUAGAUGCAGCUUUACUACCAACAAUUUCGUUUCCUGCCUUUGCGACUCACGAAGAAAUUCUAUACAAUGAAACCAAGGCAAACAUAGUAGGCAGGCUGAGAGGCAAUUAUGGCUUUAAACGAUUCGGAAGAGAUGGUUAUAAAACGGUGCUGGAGGAUAAGCAGCGACGGUAUUAUAAACCUGGAGAAAUCAAGGAUUUCGAUAGUAUCGAGUGCGAGUGGCCACUAUUUUAUAUCUUUAUGAUAAUAGAUGGUGUAUUCAAAAGUCUACCAGAGCAAGUGGAGGAGUAUCAAAAUUUACUAAAAGCGAGAGUGCACAAAGAUCUCAAUGGAGAUCCAGUGAUUCCCAUGUACUAUUAUGUACCCAUUGAAAAUUUGGAAGCUGAAAGAUGUGAACCAUGCAGUGCUUAUCGUUUACCGAGCGAUGAAGGGAGAGCUUCUAGAUCUAUAGAUCAAGAUUCUGCGCCGAUGUACCUGUGGAAUCAAGCCAUGUUUGUGAUUGCGCAACUGCUGACUGCUAGCCUUUUGCAUAUUAACGAAUUAGAUCCGAUACGUCGAUAUCUACCAUCGUAUAAUCGUCCGAGACGUGCGGGAAGAUAUUCUGCUUUUCAGGCAAAGCCCAGCAGUGGCACUCACACCGACCUAGUAGUACAAAUAGUUCUGAUCGCAGAAUCUAUGCGAUUGCAAGCCAUGAUGGCCACAUAUGGUAUUCAAACGCAAACGCCACAUGAAGUUGAGCCAGUUCAGAUUCUUUCGUCUACUCAAUUAGUGAAAGUUUAUCAAAAACUAGGAGUGAAUAAGAAACUAAAUCUCCAAGGACGACCCGCACGACCUAUAGGUUCUCUAGGUACAAGUAAGGUGUAUAGAGUCUGUGGUAUGACGGUGCUCUGUUAUCCUUUAAUCUUCGAGGUAUCCGAAUUUUAUUUGUACAGAGACAUGGCUCUAUUAAUCGAUGAUAUUAAAACGGAAUUGCAAUUCGUGGGCAAGUAUUGGCGUCUCUCUGGCCGACCCACCGUAUGUCUCUUGAUACGGGAGGAACACAUGCGAGAUCCGCAAUUUAAAAAGAUGUUGGACCUCUUUGCGAUGUUGAAGAAAGGUUACUGUGAUAAAACAAAAGUUCGAAUCGGCCGUUUACAAAAUCUAAUUUCAUCCUCUUGCAUCGAGCAUCUGGACUUUGUAAAUACGAUGGAAACAGAUCUGGAUCUAACACAAUUUAGACAACUGCAGCAUGAUUAUAUUGGUUAUCAAAGCCUCACAGAUGUCCCAAGAGCCAUCGCUUACGCAGAAGACGUCACUGAUUAUUCUUGUAUGAUAAAUGAACCCCUGAGCAAUAUAUUAAACGAACUUCGCAAUAGCAUUGGUCUAUAUGCCAAGUGUCAACUGUAUGGUAUUCUCGUAAAACGAGAAGGAAUUAAUUACGAAGUUAAUGGAACGACAGUUCGUGAUAAUUUGAGAUCAUUAUAUCAACAAGCUGGAUCCUUAAGAUUUUGGAUGGCUGUACGUUAUUGCAGUAGUUUGUUGAAUCAUACAGUAGAUAGCAUCAGUCCCUUUAUUACUGGUGUACUAGUCAAAGGAAAACAGAUCGCAGUGGGAGUGAUUGGAGAGGAAGAAACGAUAUUCGACAAACCGAUGACUCCGGCGGAGAUACAAUCGGUGAUGUAUUCCACGAUACAACCGCAUAAUGUGGUACAGGCUGUGCUUCAGCAAGAGAUUCUAUUGUACUGUGGCAGGCUUAUUGGUACUAAUCCAGAGAUGUUUAAAGGCAUAUUAAAAAUACGUAUCGGAUGGGUCCUGGAAGCGAUGAAGCUCUACUUGCAAAUGUUCGUGAAGAAUGCCAAACCAAUCGAAAAUUAUAGUCCUUAUGAAGUUCGGCAGUUUCUCAUCAAAGUAUUGACUGUCAAAGAAUGGGCUCAUACAGAAAAUCUGACAGUGAUUGGCCGCCGCAAAAUUGAGGGUUGCUUAUGUAGAGUACCGACACACUUUUAUAAUCAAGUGUGGGAAGUUUUGAUGCGCUGCCCCGGUGGUAUCUUGGUGAAUGGACGCGAAUUACCUCAGCAGCCUACCGUAUCCAGCAUGACUCGUUCCGAGAUCACGUUUGCUCUGCUCGUGGAAUCUUUGCUACAUCACAUACAGAUGCCGGAAUAUCGUCAAAUCGUAGUUGAACUCUUGAGUAUUGUAUCGACCAUCUUGCUUCGAAAUCCAGAAUUAAGCUUCCAAAGAAAGCUGCAUCUUAACCAGCUUGUGGAAGAUAGUUUCAUCAUGUACUGCAAGGAUCACAAUUUAUCAAAUACCGAUGAUAAAUCAUCCUUUUUCUCUGCACAUUACUCGGUGACCACGGGAUAUCUCGCUAGAGCUGUAGUCAACAACGUUCUUACCGGUGGUUGCGUGACAACAAUUGUAGAUCCUAGCGAUGUUGAAUCACCCCGAGAAAUGUGUAAAAUUACAUAACGAUACGAGUCGGUAUCAAAAAGAUUAAAGAUCUAAAAGGGAGAUUAUUAUUUAAUAUUAGUAAGAAAGUAAUACAUGUAGACGUGUGUAAUGUAUCUGCUAUGUGUAUAUAUAUAUAUUAUCAGGUUCAAGAUAAAGCACGGUGAUGAUAUAGAGUCGAUCAGGUGCAAUGCAAAAUUUUCGCUUUCUCGGGUAAUAAUAUAUGCGUAAAUAUAUGCGUAUUUUAAAAUAUUUUUACAUUCAUACAGAUACAUAUAUGUUAUACAAAAAUGGUAUAGUUGUACAAAGUAUAUAUGAUUGCAGAUAAAAGUCAUCUCUUGGCGAAAUUCAUGUCCAUUGCGCGACCGGAACGUUGUAUGUUGUUAAUAUUGGCUUUAAUCCUAGAUGCGACAGUACCCAUUUCUGUCGCGACAACCAGUUGUUUCCUAUAACAAAUGCCAUAUUUUAAUCGAAUUAAUAUCUAAUAAUAUAUACAAAUUUAUUUUUUAUAUCGUAUAUUAUAUCUAUUUCGCGGAAAUGUAUGUAUAUAUAUAUAUAUAAACGUGAAACACGUCUAAUCGUGUACCUGAUAAAA